ACUUAUUCAUGAACCGCAGCCCUUUCUUCAAGAAAUAAACUGAUCGAGAUUGAAUUCAUUCAAACUGAAACUGAUCUGAAACCGUCUCCUUCAAUCUUCCCUUGCAAUUAAACGCCACAAUCACCGGCCGUAAUCAACCCGGCCAACGGCGGCGCUGCUUCUCCAUCAGUCAGCAAUUACUGAUCUUCCCGCCAUUGCUUCUUCCUCGUCAUUCCCAAUAAAAUCUGUGAGAGAAAAAUGCAGUUUUUUGGAACAACAGAGAUAAACCCAUCACCACCAGCUAUAACAGCUGCAGGAAAUAAUGCACACAUGAUGUACAUUUUCAAUAGAAAUGGGGUUUGUUUGCUUUACAGAGAAUGGAAUCGUUCACUUCGUACUUUAGAUGCUCAGCAAGAUCAGAAACUCAUGUUUGGUUUGCUCUUUUCCCUCAAAUCUCUCACCGCUAAGAUGGAUCCCACUAGUGUGGAUAAGGUUAAUCUUGGAGUACCUCAAUUGCCUGGCCAAGGGUGUUCUUUUCAUAGCUUUCGUACCAAUACAUAUAAGCUUAGCUUCAUGGAAACUCCAUCGGGAAUUAAGCUUAUCUUGGUCACUCAUCCUCAAACGGGUGAUCUACGAGAAUCCCUCAAGUACAUUUACAACUUAUAUGUUGAAUAUGUUGUCAAGAAUCCACUUUAUACGCCUGGAACUCCAAUUAAGUACGAACUCUUCAACACUACGUUAGAUCAAUAUGUUCGAGGCCUGGGUUAACGUCCAAGAGAUCAUGAAUGCAUUCUUUAUCCUGAACCUGCUUCGUUUACUGACAUGAAUUCUGUUAGCACUUUCUUGCAUCACCUUCAUCUUCUGCAAGAAAUCGACUUUACCUUAAAGCGAGCGGGGAUAAUUACCUUCAAGAGAUGUUUUCUCAAUUAUAUACUCGGGUUGAAGUUGUAUUCUUGGUAAUGUCACUAAUAUAGUUAUCUAUUUUAAUAAUGUAGCGUGCUCGUUUUUAUAUAAAUUUGAUGUGUGGGUUAAGGACCAAUUUGAAAUAACCUCUUUGUAUUACAAGGGUAAGAUUGUACCAUUGAUCCCCUAAAUUUCACUUCGAUGAAAGUUUAAUGGUAUUGGGUUGA